GAAACUCGAGUCGAGCGAUCCGUUCGCACACAGACUAUUUUUGACGGAUAUUUUACGAGUUUCCAGAAUUUUCGAAUUAAUUUAAUUCUGGGAAAGGCUUCGUUGCUUCUAUAAUUUUGCAAAAUAGUUUUGGGAGAAUUAUGUUACAGUAAAAUAUCAAAAUUGAAAAUUACUUGGUUAAAAAAUAAUUUGGCUAAAAAUCUGCACUGUUUUCAGAAUUCGAAAUUUAUAUUUUUUGUAAAACAUAUUUAUAUAAAAAUUUAAUUUUACCUAAUUUCUAAUUUUGUUAUAAAAUCUGAAACAAAGAACAAAGUUGUCAGAAUUUUCAUACCGGUAAAAUAUGUUUAAAAGAAUAACAAUUAUGUUGAUGUUGGUGGCGUGUUGUUACUGCCUGGAGAGCACUGUCAUGGUCCAAGAGGAAUCUAGGGCUAAAAGGAAGAGGAGUCCUAUUAGACUUUUGGCAAUGAUCCUUCUCUUCGUGAUAUCGAAAGUAGCAAUCGUGAAGGUGGCCUCAUUCUUCAUGUUCAUGGCAGUCUUCCAAAAGAUAUUCUCAGCAGCUGGUCUAAUCCUGGGUUAUUUCAUGCGGAGUCAGGGUAGCCCGAUGCCAGUGCCGUCACAGCCUUUGCAGCCGACAUACGGACCUCCGCAAGAGUAUAAUACUUUGGGGUACAGCUACGGACCUCCUGAUCACGAAGUGUUCCAAGAUAAUCUGCCGAAUGUAGCAGAGUUUAGUAACAAGUUUAAUAGUUGGUUGAAGCCGUGAUGGUGACGUCACUGUUGAGUAAAGUUGCCAUUUAUACAAUAAUAUAAACAAAUGUAUCUUA